CGGUCAAGCUGUUCAGAAACAUUACACAUCCGUCGCUCGUGAUUUGUCGCCUUUGGCAACUCCAACCUUGGACGUGAUUUGUAUAGCCAUCUACCGCGCGAAUUUGGAACCUCGUGUGUUAUCUAUAACUGUGAAAUAUCUUUAUUUAUUAAUCUGUGACUACAAAUGGCUGCGUCAUGGCGAAGUUUGAAACGCGGGAGAAAUUACGUGUUUUAAGUGUCUCGGGGAAUGAGAAGAGAUUAAAAAUAAGAUGACAGUGAAACUGUGAAGUGAUAUUGAAUGUUGUGGAUUCUCUUGUGAUAGUCUGUAGAGCGCAAAUCAUCUUGGCUGCUUGAUUAUAGAUCGCAGUUUUCUGGUGGCGAACGCUCAGCAUGGCCUGUGCCACAUCAUCUAUUGCUCUGACGGUUUCUGCCGUAUGUCUGGCUUCAGUCGGGCCGAGGUUAUGCAGAGAAGUGCCGCCUGUGAGUUCCUCCACGGCCCCCUCACCUCGCAGCAAGCCGUCUCCGUCGUCAAGGAGGCGCUGGCCGUCGGAGUCGAGAAACACUUCGAGAUACUUUACUAUAGGAAAGACGGUACGAAGUUCCUAUGCAGCGAGGUGAUAGCGCCCAUCAAAAGUGAGGUGGACGACAUCUGCCUGUACAUCAUCAACUUCGAGGACCUAACGGCGCCUCCCGCCCCGGCGGAGGAGGGCGUGGCGGACAACAACAAGCUUAGCAAGUUUGGUCGGGCGAGGCAGUCUUUCCAGCAGUCCUUUAAGAUGGGGUCCUUCCGGGCCCGGAGUCUCCGGUUGACUGGAUACCUCACGCCGCCCAGUGACGUCACCACUGAGGAGGAGGAGGAGGACAGGAGGGUGGAGCAGCGACCCCUGACGACGCAGCCCCCAGCGGAACGCAAGAGGGGAGUCUUCAUUAGGUCCCGCCCGCCGCCGCCGCCUGACACCCGGGACGCGGAGAACAACAACCAAGUGGCCACCUCGCCCCCUGCCCCGAUAGCUUCUCCGGAAGUUUUGUCACAACGAAGCACAAACCUGUGGGAAAUGGACGAGACGCGACCUGUUCCUCACGCCACUUCCCUGGACGCCAUCGCGCGCCCGCCUGAAACAACGGGGCCUGCGGCCCACAAGGUGCCUAGCCGGAGUGCCACAGUCAGUGUCUUAUCCGCGUUGAAAGCUCUCGAGGCGAAUAUAGAAGCCACCGCCCUUCGGCCUCACACGGUAGAUAACUUUUGCCAAGCGACCCGGAACCACGUUGUCAAAUCGUUCCCCAACACGUCUUCGGAGUCGGAUCUGCAGCGCUAUCACGCGGUGUGGGAGAGAAGCAGUCGGGAACGGAAGUCGCCGUCGCUUAGCAACGUGGCGUCCGACAGGCACAAGUUCUCAAUUCAGGACAACGGCUCAGCGAAGUUCUUCCAAGGGGCGCUGCACACACCCAACAUGGGCGAGAAGGUAGCUCAGGUGCUGUCACUGGGUGCCGACGUCUUGCCGGAGUACAGGCUUCAGUCCCCGCGCAUCCACAAAUGGACCAUUCUGCACUACAGCCCCUUCAAGGCGGUCUGGGACUGGGUCAUCCUGCUGCUGGUUAUGUACACCGCCAUAUUCACGCCCUACGUAGCAGCGUUCCUGCUCAACGAGCCGGAUUUCAGCAACAGAAAGACCAAGAAGUACGGCGACGAUCCCAUCGUCAUCAUAGACCUCAUAGUGGACGUGACGUUCAUCGUUGACAUCCUCAUAAACUUCCGCACGACGUACGUGAACAGCAACGACGAGGUCGUGUCGCACCCUGGCAAGAUCGCGGUGCACUACCUCCGAGGCUGGUUCCUCAUUGAUCUGGUCGCCGCCAUUCCAUUCGAUCUGCUGCUCUUUGGUUCUGACACCGACGAGUUGGGCUUGGAUGCUGAUGAGACAACUACACUUAUUGGCCUCCUGAAGACUGCUCGUCUUCUGCGGUUGGUGCGGGUUGCCCGGAAGAUUGAUCGUUACUCUGAGUAUGGUGCUGCUGUGCUCCUGCUGCUCAUGGCGACGUUUGCUCUCAUCGCACAUUGGCUGGCAUGCAUCUGGUAUGCAAUAGGUAAUGCUGAGCGCCCUCUGCUUAAAAGCAAAGUUGGUUGGCUGGACAUCCUAGCUAAUGACACUCACCAGUUCUACUACGCCAACAACACCGGUGGGCCUUCCAUAAAGUCACGGUACAUCACCGCCCUGUACUUCACGUUCAGCAGUCUCACGUCUGUCGGGUUUGGCAACGUUGCCCCAAACACGGAUGCAGAGAAGAUCUUCACCAUCUGUGUGAUGCUGGUCGGAUCACUUAUGUAUGCCAGUAUAUUUGGAAACGUCUCGGCAAUCAUCCAGCGGUUGUACUCGGGCACUGCUCGCUACCAUACGCAGAUGUUGCGUGUGCGUGAGUUCAUCCGCUUUCACCAGAUCCCAAAUCCACUACGACAGCGCCUGGAGGAGUACUUCCAGCAUGCCUGGACAUACACGAACGGUAUUGACAUGAAUAGCGUUCUGAAGGGAUUUCCCGAGUGCCUUCAAGCCGACAUCUGUCUGCACCUCAACAGAAACCUGCUCACCAAUUGUUCAGCCUUCGAGGGGGCUUCGCCCGGCUGCCUCAGGGCUUUGUCACUCAAGUUUAAAACGACGCAUGCACCACCAGGGGACACACUUGUGCACAGGGGGGAUGUUCUGACAUCGCUGUACUUCAUCGCCCGAGGCUCCAUCGAGAUCCUCAAGAAUGACAUUGUUAUGGCCAUCCUGGGGAAGGAUGACAUAUUUGGGGAGAACCCAUGUCUUCAUCCGACGCUGGGUAAGUCGUCAUGCAAUGUGCGUGCUCUCACUUACUGUGACUUACACAAGAUCCACCGAGAUGACCUCCUGGAAGUUCUAGACCUGUAUCCAGAGUUCUACCAGUCCUUCUCCAGUAACCUGGAGAUCACCUUCAACAUGCGCGAUGAGGAACAAGCAGGGGUAGAUCCACGGGCCACACGCUACCGCCCAGGGGCCAUUGUUUCUCGCUCCAGUUCACAAGACAGGGACUCUGACGUUCGCAAGUAUGCGUUCAGACUACCGCGUCGCCAGGGAGAGCUUGCGGUGCCCACAAGUAUGAGCGGUGCUGGAGAUGCAGGACUGGCGAAUAGCAGGGAGCCCAGUGAUGAUGGCAGUGACUAUGAGAAAUCUGGCCAUGGAAUCCUGGAAUUCUCGACAGACAAGGCGGGUCAGGAUGUCACGCCACUGAACUUGGAAUUUGGUGAUGACAAACAGCAGCACAAAUCAAGUGGCGGAGCUCUGAAUUCCAUCGCAGGCAUGUUCUCCCAGCUGAAACGGAGCCUCACUGAUCUCCGUGGCUUGCACAAGUCGGCAUCAGCGGCCACCGUGACCCUGAGACACCAGCAGCAGGACUGCAAAUCUGGUGAUUUCUCCAAUACGGUGGUGGCUUUGAGGAGUGGAACUGGUGGCAGAUCCCCUGCCGUGAUGGUGCACUGCUACCCCCGAGAGAGCCAGCCCCUGCUGCAGCAACACAGCUCCUUGUCAGGGGUAGGCAUGUCCACACCACACCUGCACCGUCGCCAGUCUUUUGCUCCUACUCAAGAGGACAACUUUCAGGUUCCCUCACAGCCACAGCCUCCCCAUUCUGCCCUGAGCCAUGUCACAGGCUCAUCCUACUACACCACUCCAUCACCUCCUGUACAUUCCAGUGCCAUGUUGCACACUCAGCCCCCUCCCAUGCAGACUUCGGACUGCAUCCACCCCUCAGCAUUACCACCUAUCAGGGAUCAAUCGCCAGCACCCCCACAUCAUUGGGAUUCCAACAGAGACUUUGACGUUUAUGACAGGAUAGAACAACUGAGCAGGCAAGUGCAAUCGCUAGAGCACUCUGUUGCCAGUGAUGUGAGGCUUAUCCUUACGAUCUUGCAGCAGCAACAUGCAGUACGCAGCUCUGAGUCUUCUGGGUCCUCCAUGAUGCCUGACUACAGAGAGUCUUCUUCAGAUUAUGGUCAGAGAUCUGGGAGGUCAUCCAGGGAACGCAGUUCUCAAGCACAGAGGAGUUACAGCAUCUCUCAAGACAGUCCAUCGAAUUUCAGGCCUCCUACACUGGAAGAUCAGGCCUUGUCACAGCAGCCCUGUCCCUCCACAGAUGUGUCCCAUUCUCACAGGAGUGGUAGCAGUGACUCACACCAGAGACUGCCACAAUUGUCAUCCGUCCCGCAUACAGUGACACCGGAACUUCCCACCAGAAGAUUCCACCAGCAGCAGCCUUCGAGGGUCCCACAGCGUAGCCAGUCUCAACCUGCUGACCUUACUCAGGUUCAUCACUCACCCUCCCUGAGUUGGCGACAAUCCUCACUCCUGCAGCCCUCCACGCAGGCAGACACAGAGAGCGAGGAUGUGUGGUCCAUGCACCACACUCCCCGGGGCACAGGCAGUGAUGAUGCAACCUCCUGGGAAUUCAGAGAAGUACCAGGAGCCAGACUAGAGGCACCCAUCGCACGUCUGGAGUCUCUAGAUGAGCUAGACCAGGGGCAGGAUUCAUGGAGCAGCAGUCCAAAUACUGGUGUUCCCUGCAGGACAACACCUGAAACUAAAUCUUCAGAUGUAUAGACACUUGAAGUGAUUUACUGAUGUCAUGUCCCAUGGCUUCUGGAUGGGUCCCAGUGAGGGCCGUGGCAUAGCUCAAUGACGGACGAAGUCCUGUGAUGAAAUGCAUGGCACAUGCAUGAGUAUCGAGUGUCAUGUAGGUAUUACUAGUUUUAUUCAGCGUACAAUGCGGAAAAUUAACAUUAUGGAAUGAACUGGAUGAUAGAUUUUUAGCUGUUUUACUACUUGAUUGCACCGUGAGUACAGGUGUAAGUUACAACUGAAAAGACAUUCAUGUCGAUUUGGUGCUUUUGAAGCUAAUUUUCGAUGUAUUCACUUACUAAUAGUUCAUGAAAGAACCAAUAGGAGUAGGACAUGGAAAAGGUAUACAUGAAAGAUACAAUAUAGAAAUCAGUAACGUGUGAUUGGAAACAUUUGUUGACAGCAAAGAACAAGGAUCAGAAGAUAAUGCAACUUUGGGCAAUAUCGAGCUUCGGAUGAAGAGAAUUUCCUUGAGACAACACAGCACUCUGUUUGAAUUCUGGUUAACAUUUCCAUAAUAUCUGUAUGUAACAGUAGUCAUACUUUAAACUUCCCACUGCCUGGUGUCACUGUUGUCUUACAAAUUUCAAGCCCACUAACAGCCUCUGUCCGGGGAGUCUGGAACUGAUCCCUCCAGUUGCUGUUGUGAGCUUUACAACAAAAAACACCAAGCCUGACAGUUGUCAUCUUUCAGAGUUUUCAGAAUGAGAUCGGUUUAUGACCGACGUAUCUGCUCCUAGAGGGCUCACUUCAAUUUUGCUGCAUGAUAUGUAUUUUUACUUACAUUUGAAUUAUAUAUUUAUUAUUUACAGUGUAUAUAAGUAUCUAUAUAUGCGCAGGGUGUUGUAUAUAUCAUAUUCGGAACAGCGUAGCUUUGUAUAUAAAUUGGCACAACUUCAUGAUGUCAGUUCCUUUUGCAAUUUUUUGUGUGAGAGUAUGCGUGAAUGCUGAAGCAAAAGCAUUUUGGAAGUUUGGAAUUUUUUAAGCGAAACAUGUUUUUCUUAAACCAGAUUUUUGCUCAGGUACAAAUUUAAUUAUGGUACAUACUUUUUGCUUUCAAUAUUAUUGUUGAUUGUGAACUAAAGGUUGUGAUUUUUAAAUGGCUGAAGGUGGAGAAAAAUUCAGCUAUUCAUUUACAUACUUUCAGUACAGGACUGUACAGGACUUAAAUACGGUGUGUCUAUAAAGCCCUUCUAUUUUAUACCAUAUAAAUUAAAUGCAAGCAAGAGUGCAAGGCGAUGCUGAUAUGUAAGGACUAAAUAUUUAUUUUCUGCGACAAUAGUCCUCAUUUUUCCAAAGUAGGUAGGAACUUCAUGGACAUACUGUAUAUCUGUGAACUUACCAGUCAGAAUGUGUUCUGAUGUUUGUAUGGCACAAUGCAUUAUGAUGCCCAUUGUCCAGCGACAAUUUAGCAAUACUAAAGUGACAACAGGGUGAUAUUUGUUUAUCAUUUUCCUAGGAUUAAACUGGCUGCAUGGGGGAGCUUAUGCUAUGACAAAACAAGCCGCGGUAUUUGUCAAAACCUAGGUUUAAAUUGUGUGGGCAACUCUAGUAUGAAAUUGAAAAGAAACUGCAAGAAAUUAGAGCUAAACUUGAGACCAUGCCUCUACACUCUCAGUUAAAAAGUACUCACAGAACCUGCUUUACCCAUUUUAUAACUGGUUUGACCUUUAAAGAUUCUAACAGAUAAUUGCAUUUUAGGUAGAGUUUAAGUACAGUUUGUAUGCCUGUCUGUACACUUUACCCAUGGCUGAAUGGGUCAUUGGAAUUUAUUCAUGUUUAGUAUCAAAAGUAUUUAUACUUUGAAAAGAUGAACUUCAUACAUUGAAAGUUUACAGAAAGAUUUAAACGUGACUUGGUAAUUUUCUUGAAAACUCUUGUUAAUGAUUUCUACUAAAUUUCAGUCUCGUUAUGCAAACUGCAAUUCCUAAUAAAACUAAAUAGAUUCUAUACCCAGAUAAGAACUCACAGUCUUCAUUAGUUGUUCUUUAUCAUGAUGCAUAAAACAGAGAUGUACAUAUAUAAGACAUUUUAUGCAGUGCAGUAUAAUUUGCCAUACCAAAUGCAGUAAAAUAUCAAUUACCCACAGAAUGCUCUAGUAACAGCGUGCUAUUACAUUUGAUGUACAUCUUGUUCUAUAUCCCAGAUCUUAAGAUACACAGGCUUUGCGCUCGGUGGUUACCUUUUGAGUUGUCAAAAAUAUUUCCUCACGUGCAUUUUUAAAUUGGCACCGCUACAGGCACAAACCUUUUGCUUGUUACCCUCACAUCAGUUUCUCUGUAAACUACUCUUUCCAUUCCAUACCAGAUUGAAGCAACAGAAGGGGCACGUAUUCCCUCUGCAGAGUGAGGCAGUUGCCCCAGACUUCAGUAGAGUGCUCUGCUUUUGUUCAGUAUUGAAAGCCUCAGUUGCUCUCAAUUCAUUAGCUUGUCUAUUAACAGUAUCAUCAAUUCUCAUGCACUAUUUAAAGAUAACUGCAUCCUCGAAGCUGUAAAGAAAUGUGUCAUUUGACUGGAGUUUUCAAGAACUAUUUUCUAGUGCCAAAAAUAGCUUUUUAUUCCUUUGAAUAUAACUCUUUUUGCUGUUAUUUAUUUUAAGUAAAUUUAUAGUUUUAGCAUUGUUUUUAAUGCAAAAGUAUGUUCAUCAUAUUCAGAUCACACACAUUCUUUCCAGGCGUUGCAUAUAAAUCCCCUCCCCUUGGUGGCCAGUGCUCUAAUGACUUUACUUAAACUCAUCCAUUACAAUUACUCCUAUCUAUAAUUGCACUUUAUAAAUCAUUUUAAGAAACUUAUAAAAAUAUAAUUCUUGUACCACAGAAAUAGCCACUUUCCAAAUCCUUAUGGCAGGUCUGCACAACGAAUCUUUGUCAUCUCUUCGCCCGUUCUGUGGAUUUUCAGGAGGGAUUUGAAGGCAGUUUGUAGUGAUCUUGUAUUUUCAAACACACCCUCUUGAACAUGUAUGGAUAUUCAAUAGUACUUUUUCAAUUUUCAAAACAAAAAUAUAUAUAUACAUAUAUUUUAUCAUUCAUUCAUUGUAAAAAUGGAUAACAUGGUACAACGCAUGUGAAAUUAAAUCUGAUGUAAUGCCAAAAUUGCUGCCCUCCACAUGACAGGAGUCUCAUAUGAAGAGUUUCAAGAAGGCACUGGAAAGUCAGUUUUUAAUAGUUUUAGAAAUGUACUAUUUCCAAAUGGUGUGAUGUCGCAAUACAAACACUGAAGAUCUGUGCAAUGAUAUGAGCGUCUGUGUAGUGGCAAGAGAUGUGCAGGGUGAUGGUGCUACACCUGGACCCCUCCAGCAAACAUUAAGCCUCUGAGAUUAUUACAAAAAGUGGUGCUCAUAAUGUGCACAGCGAAAGAGUAUGUCAGUCUGACUCCUGUGUCAGUGAUGACAGUUAAGUCUGUGAUGAUGUGACUGCUGGAACUUCUCAUAAAAGCAGUUGCGAUUUGAAUGGAUACAAGUCUGUGAGGACACACACGUCCCAGUUAGAGUCAGAACUGUCACCCAGGUGUAAUUUCGUUGUGGUGUGGAUUCUAAACUGUUAAUUCAAAUUGGCUCAGGUCAUACAAAUAAAAUUAAAAUUACUUUAGUUUGUCUUAA